UAAUUAUAUAUUUUAUAAUUAUAAAAUAUUUAAGAAAUAAGCAUAAUUCUUUGAAGUAUUUUAAAAUUUGAAGUGUAAUGAAUCUGAAUAGAUGUCUAUUUUUUUUAUUCUAGAAAGCUACAGUUGGCGAAAAUAGCUGUCUGUCUACAUCUUGUGUUCCCUUGUCCCAUUGUAGGACACCUCCCAUUCCCACAAGGACACGAGAUCUUCCUAUUUUGGCGAGGACAGGAGGUUUGUGGGAGAAAGAGAGAGAGAGAGCUCCCACCCUCUUGUUACCUCAACACUUGAUAACACUUGGAUGCACAUGCUGAUGGCAAAGUGUGUGUGUGACAGCAUGUCCCUCUACGUCUUCCGCCGGUGUCUGAUGAUCCUCUGUUGGAUGGGCUGCUGCUCCUGCGCGGUCCUGCCAGACUCUUAUGGAUUGCUGCCGGAAGCCACCAUGACAGCUACAAAGAGGCCGGUGUCCGCCGAGGAGGCAGGAGAAAGGAGCCCGACCGUGUUGCCCACACGCUCCAGAGAAGCCUCCCUUGUCCCUCAGAGCAGCACAGCGUGCUUCCUGGAAGACGUGCUGGCCGCCUUGCGAGAGGCUCUCGAGGACGAUGACCAGCUGACACCAGCCAGCGUUAACUUAUUCGGCAUGUGCGCGGCGUCUGGCGGUCUCGCAGUCUUGUUGGACCUGGCGAAGGGCGCAAAGAAGAAACAAGGAGGUGGACUGGAGCUCCUGCAUCCCACUGAAGUGUUUUUCGUGGAGGACGAUGGGGAAGCACUGAUGCUCAACCUUCGCAUCCCGCAAUCUACUUUGCUCCAAGACAAGUUGGUGCUGCUCUUGGCCUUGGAAAGUCCCAUCAGUGGAGGCGAGUCAGACCAGAUCACCUUCACCAGUCAAUCUCUGCAGCCUAAUGCACAGAUUGUGUGCAUGUCAGAAAGAACGCAGUAUAUUCUCCUGACAGGUCCAGCAUCCACGAGACAGCAAACAUGGAUGCUCUCCAUUGACUCAAAAGACCCUAACAUGAAGAAAAGGAUGAAAGAACUCCUUACAGGUGGAAAUACAAGAAGAAGCAGGGUGACUCCAGUUCUUCUUUUCUCUCGUGAAGACGACAUCAGCACCCAAAUUUCUGGCUCAUCCCAGCCGCUUUCCUUCCUGUGUGAGCUACGCCGCUUCCUGAGUGACACCCUCCCUCAAAAUCGUCCUGACGCCGCUCCGCUGAAACUGGACUCCCUGCAGGCCCCGCCCCCCAUCACGCUGGAUCCCUCCGCCAGCGAGUCCGUACUGGCGGAACUUCUCAACUCGACGGCCCCUACCAUCUUCUCCUUCACAGGCUCCACGUAUCAAGUCCACCGGGGGGAGCUGGCAAUGCCCCCAGGUUUACUUGACGAGCUCAGGCACGGUUUGGAGCAGAACCUUGUGCAGAUCAAGGAGGUUCUACGAGACAGGGAGAAUGGCCAAAGGGACAUCAAGAGGCUCCAGAGACUCUGGGAACUCUGCGCCUUUCCCAUGGUGGACCCAGCAUCAGGAGAAAGCCAGUACUGCGCCUUCCUGCUAUUGAAGGCCAUGAAGACGGUUGGUCACGAGAUGUUGCCCCAACUGCGCGCCACCCGUGCGGAGCCCAGCCCCACAGCCAGGCAAGCCACGUGCCGCCUGACAAGCCUCACCGUGUCCCUGGAGCGUUUCCUGGUCGGCCCCAACACUGCCAACAUCAACAACUGCCACGGCCGCUGCGCCUUCCCGCUGAUGAACACCGUAAACCACGCCGUGUUGCUCAACUCGCAUAUCGAGAGCGGCAAUAUCAACGAGCGCUCGCCGUGCUGCGUGCCGGUCACUUAUGAGGCCCUGGAGGUGGUGGACUUGAACAAGCACGGCACAUUUUUUUUCACGCAUCCGGAUAUGGUAGCAAAGCAGUGUGGUUGUCGCUAACGCUAAUAUACACAAGCUGGUGUGCAAAGAUCCACUUAACUCACUUUCUUUUAUUUACUGUAUAUGUAUUUAUUCACAAAUGACACCCCUGGUGCAUAAAGGAACAUGUCGCACUCCACUCAAUAUAUCUAUAAUAUACUCUAAUAUAAAUACAUACAAGUAAGUCACAUUUUAAUCAAUGAUAGUAUUAAGAUGUCACAGUAUUGUUUCACUGUCCUUUUUGCUAGGAAGUCUACAAAGUUAAAAUCUCCAUUUGUAGUCACUAAAACGCAGGGCCUUUUUAACCUUUUUCAACCGGAAUGCAUCAUUGUUUAGCCGUUUUAGGUUUCAGGACCGCUUUACUCCCCAUGGGCUUUUUCCGUCUCCUUAUCGCUCCGAGUUCUUCUGAUCCCCACCACGACAUGAACUUGUCCCACAAGGAGAUCUGGAAACAUUGAAAUGCUGUAAGUUCCAUUUGUAGUUCCAUAAUGCUGCAAUUCCGUAUUUUAUAAGCAGACCAAUACCUGAGUUAUUGAACCGUCUUGAAUACUUCCGAUGAAAGACCUUAUCCCUGUCUCUUCUACAACCAUGUCAACGGCAUCUAUGGAACAUAAAAAUAUGUAACAAAACCUGCCAUUUCUAACAGGGGUGUGUAGACUUUUUAUAUCCACUGUAUAAACAAUGCAUGACUGUAAUACUUCAAGUAUGUUACCCACUGUGAAAUUGAUGGACCCCUGCACCCACAAGCAGCACGACCAGUGCCACCACAAGGCAGCGGUUCAUAGUGAAGCCCUUCCAAGGAUUUGAAGCCUCGUUCAGAUUUUGGAUGCACAAAAUCCUGUCAUAGGACACUGAACAAGACGCCAUUCAUAUUAAACGAUCUUAAAAGCAGCAUGUGAUAUCAAA